AUGACGACCCCCCUCCCCCUCCCCGCAGGCAUAACCAGCCGCCUAAUCCCCACAAAAACCCUAACCUUCCACAUCCUCGAAUCCAACCCGGACCCCAGCACGCCGCGCCCGCUGCUGCUGCUACUCCACGGCUUCCCCGAGCUCGCCUUCUCAUGGCGCAAAGUGAUCCCCCCACUCGCCGCAGCCGGCUACCACGUUGUGGCGCCGGACCAGCGCGGCUUCGGGCGCACAACAGGCUGGGACACCCGGCCCUUCUCGGAGGUCGAUCUGAACACCUUCACGCUGACGAGUGUCGUGCGGGACAUGGUAACGCUCGUGCACGCGCUGGGGUACCGGUCCGUGCAAUGCGUGGUGGGUCACGACCUUGGGGCCGUGACGGCGGCGAUGUGUGCGCUUGUGCGGCCGGAUUUCUUCAAGAGUGUCGCGCUCCUCAGCCACCCGUUUAACGGGAGUCCGGUUUUGCCGUUUGGGACUGCUGCCAGUGGCUCUUCCUCUUCUGGGGAGGUAGCGGAGAAGAAGGGUGGUGGUGGUGGUGGUGGUGGUGGUGGAGGGGCGGAGUCCGCGGCGGGGGACCACGUGCAUGGCGAGCUUGCGGCGCGCGGCAGGAAGCACUAUAAGUGGUAUUAUUCGACGGAGCCUGCAAAUGAGGAGAUGGUGGAGCCGGUGGAGGGGCUUGGGGAGUUCCUGCGCGGGUACUUUCAUCUGAAGAAUAUGCGGGAGGCGGUGCGGAGGCAUAUGGAGUCGGAGUCGGAGGGGGCGGUUGCGGCUUCGAAGGCGUGGUUGUCGGAUGAGGAGUUGGCGGUUUAUGUGAGUGAGUAUGCGCGCACGGGGUUCCAGGGCGGGCUGAAUUGGUAUCGCGUGAGGACGGCUGCUGGCGGGAGGUAUACUGGGGAUUUUGAUGUGUAUGCUGGCCGCAAGAUUGAGGUGCCGGCGGCUUUUGUGUCGGGGAAGGCGGAUUGGGGGAUUUAUCAGGAGCCGGGGGCUUUGGAGAAGAUGGUGGAUGGGAGGGUUUGUUCGGACUUUAGAGUGCUGAGGUUGGUGGAUGGGGUUGGACAUUGGGCGCCGCAGGAAUGCCCUGAGGUUGUGGUCGAGGUUGUUUUGGAGCUGUUACGGGGGCUGUAG